AUGGCAGACAACAAGGCCUUGCUGUCGAACCCGGCUAUCUCGCACGACGAGUCUACGAAACACUUGAAUGAUCACACCUUCUCGCCCGCCGACUCAUCGCACUCGGGCCAGAGAGGGAUUCCUUGCGCCCUUACCGCCAUGAGCGAGAAGGAUAUCCGAGAGGCGUACGGAGAACAUGGUCCUGGUAUCGACCACAUUAUCCCGCAAAAAGAUGCUGUGCAGGCGCGACCGGAUCUAUGGUGGAGCAGGAUGAGGCACAUUGCCCGCGAGCCUCUGUCCGAGUUCUUUGGUGUCUUCGUUUUGGUUCUGUUUGGUGAUGGGGCGGUCGCUCAAGUUGUGCUUUCGCGUGGAGCGAAAGGAGACUACCAAUCAAUCUGCUGGGGCUGGGGUAUCGGGGUCAUGCUCGGCGUCUACGCAUCAGGAAAUUCAGGGGCACACAUAAACCCGGCUGUCACGUUUGCCAAUUGCGUGUAUAGGAAGUUCCCUUGGAAGAAGUUCCCCAUCUACCUGUUCGCGCAGAUCCUUGGUGCCUUUUGCGCGAGUGGCGUUAUUUAUGCGAACUACAAAUCCGCCAUCACGGCUUAUGAAGGUGGCCCAGAUACCCGCACCGUUCCCGGCUUCUCCGAGAAUGCUACCGCGGGCAUCUUCGCUACAUAUCCCGCGCCAUUCAUGACCCGCAGCGGCAUGUUUUUCUCCGAAUUCAUCGCUUCCGCGAUCCUCAUGUUCUGCAUCUACUCGCUGCAGGACAACGGCAAUCUGGGCGCCGGGAACCUGACACCCCUCGGCCUCUUCUUCGUCGUCUUCGGCAUUGGUGCUUGCUUUGGCUGGGAGACGGGCUAUGCUAUCAAUCUGGCCAGGGAUUUCGGGCCACGGCUGAUGACCUCCGCCCUGGGGUAUGGACGUGGGGUGUGGAGCGCGGGCGACUACUACUUCUGGAUUCCGAUGGUAGCCCCAUUCGUCGGUUGUUUGUUUGGAGGAUGGCUGUAUGACGUGUUUAUAUUCACUGGGGACUCUCCUAUUAACACGCCAUGGUGGGGAUUCAAGCGCAUGUUUGGGCUCAGCUCGAACAAGCAGAGCUCUCACGUCUGA